UCUAUCCAUCACGUGAUUGGCUGUGGUCAUAUGACCUGCUGUUGCUAUUGCUAUGUCGGCAGCUGCUCUCACACACUCUUCCUGCUGCUGAGCCAGCUGAACACAACCGACGAGAUGCAGGCUAUGUUGCUGUGUUACUUCCUGUUCUCACUGCUGGGCAGUGAAGCGGCUCCGGGUGCAGACGAGGUGAAGUACCUGCCCGGUCUGCAGAAACAGCCGAGCUUCAAGCAGUACUCUGGAUACCUGAGUGUGGCCAACGGAAAACACCUGCACUACUGGUUUGUGGAGUCUCAGAAGGAGCCGUCCUCUGAUCCCGUGGUUCUGUGGUUAAACGGCGGUCCAGGCUGCAGCUCUCUGGACGGACUGCUGACUGAACACGGACCCUUCCUGAUCCAGGAUGACGGUGUGACGCUGCAGUACAACCCGUACUCCUGGAACAAGAUUUCCAACGUGUUGUACCUGGAGUCUCCAGCAGGCGUCGGCUUCUCGUACGCUGAUGAUCAAAACUACGUCACCAACGACACCGAGGUGUCCAUGAACAACUACCUGGCUCUGAAGGAGUUCUUCCGCCUGUUUCCAGAGUUCAGCAAGAACGAACUUUUCCUGACCGGAGAGAGCUACGGAGGAAUCUACAUCCCGACGCUCGCCGAGAGAGUGAUGGAGGACGAGAGCCUCAACCUGCAGGGCGUUGCCGUGGGAAACGGGAUGUCGAGUUACGAGAUGAACGAUAACUCUCUGGUUUACUUUGCGUAUUAUCACGGGCUGCUGGGGAGUCGACUGUGGAGCGAGCUGCAGACGUUCUGCUGCAAGGGCGGGAAGUGCAACUUCUACGACAACCACAACCACAACUGCUCGCUCAGCCUGUCUGAGGUUCAGGACAUCGUCUACAGUUCAGGUCUGAACAUGUACAACCUGUACGCCCCCUGCCCAGGUGGAGUCCGCCAGAGAGUCAGUAUUGAAAAAGGUGAGCUGGUGAUCCGAGACCUGGGGAACUCGUUCAUCAGUCAUCAGUGGACCCAGCUGUGGAACCAGAAGUUACGAGGUCUGGCGUCCCUCCACCGGAACGUCCGUCUGGACCCCCCCUGCACCAACUCCACCCCCUCCUCCCUCUACCUGAACAACCCGUUCGUCAGAGGUGCUCUGCACAUCAGCCCUAAAGCUCUGGACUGGGUCAUCUGCAGCUCUGAGGUGAACCUGAACUACGGCCGUCUCUACAUGGACGUCAGGAAACAGUACCUGAAGCUGCUCAGUGCGCUGAAGUAUCGUGUCCUGGUGUAUAAUGGUGACGUGGACAUGGCGUGCAACUUCAUGGGAGACGAAUGGUUCGUUGAGUCUCUGCACCAGCAGGUGGAGGUUCAGAGACGUCCGUGGCUCUACGACGACGAGGAGGGUCGGCAGGUCGGAGGCUUCGUCAAAGAGUUCGAUAACAUCGCCUUCCUCACCAUCAAGGGAUCUGGUCACAUGGUUCCAACGGACAAACCAAUCGCUGCAUACGCCAUGUUCUCCAGAUUCAUCACCAGACAACCUUACUGACCUCUGACCUUCUGCUUCACCUUCAUGCUGCAUCCAAAUUGUCAAGUACCUACUCAAUCUGUCAGUAGGCAGUAUCUACUAUUCAGUAGGCAGAUAUUUGUUCCUACGUCUUCUGAUUC